AUGAAUUAUCUAUUUCAAAACAUCGAGCAACAGAGCCAAGAGAAUUUGUUAUUUGAAGACCAAGUGGAUUAUGCCCAAGAUCCUCUGUACUAUGACAAUGUGUUUGCUAAAACUUUUGGAACCCCUGAGCAAAAGGAGAAUAGCCAAAUCCUAUCAGACUGGAGUUGAUUCGGGCAAGCCAACUCUGAUUCUGUCAGAGAUGUAAUUAAAAAGAACAUAAUUUCCUUCGAGACGUUCUAUAGUCAAAGAAUCACAAAUGCUGAUGAACUCGAAGUGAAAAAUUCAACAAAUGUUCUGAAUGGGAAGGAAGUUUCGUCUCAACACCCAGCGACUAAAGAUGCUUCUAAUCAUGCUUUCUUGUCUGAUAGAGAGUUAGAAGUCUGUUUGAAAGUUGAGAAAGAGUCGUCUCUUGAGAGAAAUUUCUUAAUUUCGAGAGAAAAUUGAAUUAAGGGAGCUAAGAAGAGAGCUGAUAUGGAAGUGAAGAAAGUUAGUCGAAGAAUAAAACAGUUUUACAAAGACUUGUUUAAGGUUCAGAACCCUGAGAUUAUUAAGAGAAGAUAUAUUAACUGUGAUUCACAAAUAAUUCUAAAAUCAAUGAAAAAGAUCCUACUUACUAUUCUUCCUGGAGGUGUCGUAACCGAUGAUUUGGCCUACUUCACAAUCGGUAUCUGAGGAAUUAAGCAACCAUUGGAGCUUGAGUGAACCGAAGAGACUAAAAACGAAAUCUAUAACUAUUUAGAAGCAACUAAAAGAUUCUCAUUGACCAAGUUUGAGUUGUGAUUAAACUCAACUGUUCUCCAGACUUUAUGAAGAGGAUUCAUAUCUCAAAAUGAGGGGAAUUUAUCAGAUAUCCUACAGAAAACUUUAGAAAAAGCUAGCCCUUCAACUUAAUAAUACCUGCAAGUCAGGUUAUUAUGAUAGCUAGUUCUCAA